AUGAACAAUCAAUACAUACGCCGAGAAGUCUUCUGUUGUGAAACUUGUCAUGAGCUCAAAAGCUUCUGGGAGAAAGAAAUUAGCAAACAGACUGGUUACCGGGAACUGGAGGAAGAUCGCCAGGGAAGGAGUGCCCUGAGAAAGCUCAGAGAAGAAUGGAAGCAGAGACUGGAGAAAAGGCUGGGGAUGCUGGACAAUCCUGAUGGGAAGGAAAAGCAGGCAAACACUGUGGGCUGA